AUGGCGACCGCUAACGACAAACAGUGGCAGAAAGAUGCAGCCGAUCAGAAUUUCGAUUAUAUGUUCAAGCUUUUGAUCAUUGGAAAUUCUGCAGUUGGCAAGACAUCGUUUCUCUUUCGGUAUGCGGAUGAUUCCUUCACGUCUGCUUUUGUUUCAACGGUAGGAAUCGAUUUUAAAGUGAAGACGGUUUUUCGAAACGAGAAGCGUGUGAAACUUCAAAUUUGGGAUACAGGUGCGUUUGUUAUUUUCUGUUCGUCUUUUCUAGUUUUUCCGAAUAGCUUGUGUAAUUAUUUACAUUAUUUUACAGCCGGUCAGGAAAGAUAUCGAACAAUAACUACUGCCUACUAUCGUGGAGCAAUGGGGUUUAUCCUGAUGUAUGACAUUACCAAUGAAGAGUCAUUUCAGGCAGUGCAAGAUUGGUAAGGUUUUUUUUUAUGUUUAAUAUUUUUCGGCGGUGAUCUUAGUUCAGCCAACAAAUUUCCAUCUCGUUGCGAUUUCACCUAUGGAAAAUUAAUUUUAAUAUCUUAUUUCCGUAAACCGAAAAUUUCAAGCAGAUUGCGAUUCGUUCGGGUCAAUUUCACUACAUCAAAACAAUUUACUUUCGAAGGUCACAGUAAAGGAAAACAGAAAUUUGAUUUGGGAACAUCACUUCGUAAAUGUCAGAAAAUCAAUUAUUCGCCUUUGCUGACGACAAAAUGUUUAACUGGAGACAGUUCUGCUCGAUCGCGUCGGCCGAAGAUUUAUUCAAAAAUUAUCGAAAAAUUCAAAGAAUGCAAAGGUGGGAAUUGAAUAAAUAUUCUAAUUUGGAAAGAUUAACUUUGUACCAAGUCCUUUCGUGAGAAUACGCGGUGGUUACAUUCAAGGCCUUAAUAUUCUGUCGGGAGAAAUUUUGUAAACUUUGUUGUUUCAAAUGUUGGACGUGUUUAUAGUUUAGAAUUCUUUGUAGCACGCAUGGCCAAGCUUAUAUUUGCAUAUUAUAAUCUUACUCGAAUUUUCCUGUGGGGGCGGAAACUUCGUCCUGUUUACGACGUAUCGUAUAGAAUUUGUAUAUGAUUUGUAUAUUGUAAAAAGCUGUGAGAUUACAUUAAAUCUCAGCUUUGUAAUAGUCUUUUCUUGUGCAAUUUGCUCUAGACAAGUCAACGAUUAAUUGAAAGAUACCGCGAUAUCUUUAGACCAGAUCAGAGACCAUGUUAGUCUCGAUCAAACGAGAUGUACAUAAAUAUAUUUACUUUUAGCCCGGUUCAUUUCAUUUGCGACUGAAAACAUGACAGAAGUUGGCAUAAGUUUCUGUAAGAUGUGCGAUUAAAAUUCAAUCACACGUAACGCCUUGUUUACGCUUGAGUAGUAAAGGAUGACAAAUGAAAAUUGCCAAAAGUUAACCAAGUAAACAAUUUCAUUCAAUUAAUUUUAUUGAAAGUAAACUGAGGAAUAAAUAUAUCUCUUCUACUGUUUGGACUUUGUCUUUUUUGUCGCCAAAUUAGUGACAAGUAUGAAGCUUUUCAGAGUUUCAAGCCAACUUUAACCCUUUAAACUUUCAAGAUUUGAUUGUUAAUUCUCCCUUCUAGUUUCUACACAUUUCCUUUUAAAUUAGUUACAAGAAUUUAGUUUUAGAUCAAGAUAACAACUUCCACCAGACAAUUUUGAGCAUCAUUACAUGUGUGCUAGAUGAUAUAUGGAUUUUGAAGGGUGAAGUUACAUAUAGAUCACUUGUGGAGGUUAAAGAGCGAAUUAUGUGACAACUAGAUUAAGCUUGUACUUAUGGUGAACAUGUUAUAGAGUAAAUAGUACCUUUUGAUUGGACUCAUUUCCUUGAACACAGGUCAACACAAGUGAAGACCUACUCUUGGUCGAAUGCACAAGUGAUCCUUGUUGGAAACAAGUGCGACAUGGAGGAAGACAGAGUUGUGACUUACGAGAGAGGGAAGCAGCUUGCAGACCAGCUUGGGCUGGAGUUCUUUGAAACCAGUGCCAAGGAUAAUGUCAAUGUCAAACAAGUGUUUGAGCGUCUGGUGGACAUCAUCUGUGACAAGAUGUCUGAGAGUUUAGAUUCUGAUCCGACUAUCGUUAGUGGACAGAAGCCUGGAACAACAAAGAUCUCUGACAAGCCUCCUCAACAACAGGACAGUGGCUGUGCUUGUUGAUCUCUGUAAAUUGUUGUAUCUUCUGAAUAGGAAUGAUGUUAUAUUUCAUUUGAAAUUUUAAGGAUCUUUGCAAAGUUGCAGGUUUGGUUUUGUGGCAGCUCUGUUGGUUGUUAGAUAGACUGAUAGAAUGAUAGAGUGUUAUUUAUGCUUAGUUCUUCUUCAUCGACUAAACUGCAGUUUUUUUUUCCUACCAACCAUUAUUUACCUCUUGAUGAAAAUUUAAAGUUGGUUUUUCAACUUCUCUUAACUGAUAAUUUUCUUUAUUCUCGUUACUUGCCCGUCUGAUGGUUCAUGAAUUUUGUCUGAGAAUUUACUUGUGGGUUACUUCCCAACAUUAUGACAAAUUGAUUCAUUAAUUUGAUCAAAUGAUCAUAUCAAUAGUAAUUGACUAAAAAUUUGACUCAAAACUCACCAAUUAAUUGUAUUUCUGUUAACUAUUAACUGUUGCACUUCCAAGAUUCAGUUAGUCAUUCUCUUCACUGUCUGCCUUAAUAUUCUUGUUAUAUUAGUUUGAAGAUCUACUAAUAAUCUCCUAAUAAGAUUUUUCGUUAUUCUCAUCAUUUGUCGGCAUGAUGUAGGGAGAGACUCUGUCUUGGUCAUGGGUCAAUUGACAAGACUAUUUGAUUAGCUCCCAGUUUUUCCUGACACUGCUGUUUACCUUCUUAAGGAAGAUUGAAUGAUUCUGAGAGUUGAGACCUCAAAAACCUCAAUUCGGAUCUGUUUUAAUUUUAAAAAAUUGUACAGGAGGGGAUAGCCAUAACUACUUGUGACUGAUAGCUCAAGGAUAAUAUCAGUGUUAUUUUUUUUCUUGAAUUUGUCUUUGGUGAAUGGUUUAUGGUCAAUCAAGUUGAGUCAUGUUGUCUCACAGAAUAUCCCAAACCCUACCUUUGACAGGAGGAAAUCUUGGUAACAAAUCUACUUUCACAACCCACCUAGGGAGGCUACAAUUUUCUUAAUAGUGCAGUUGUCAUUGCCACAUAUAAAUCUCAUAUUUAGUCAUAUUUAAGCUUUUCCAUAACCCUUUGGGUGUUAUUAGCUUGAAAUAAGCCAUAUUAGUUGUAUUGUUAUAAUUGUGGAAAUGAAAAAGUUAUGCAAGUUAAAUUCACCUACCAAGAAAUAAUUUAUUUUUGUGGUCAACACAAGUGACCAAUUUUGUCACAAAAAAAAUGGUUUCAGAGAUAAAAGCUGAAUGCAAAUGUAUUAUCUGUGAAACAGGUGUUUGUUAAUUGUCAGUAUUUUCUUCAUGUUGCAGCUUUCUGGCCUGUAAAUUUAUGAAGAAAUAUUUUGAUUUUCAAAUUAGUAAGGGUUGGAAACAGCAAUGAUUAUUGACCCUUUACUUGCAAACAUCAGUAUCCAUAUUCUCCAUACUUUUCUCUAUACAUUUGUCUGGUAGUGGAAAGGAGAAUUUGUUUAACAAUCAAAACCUCUCAGGUUAGCAAUAAUUUUCUUUACCUUUACUCACAUGAACUCAAUGAAUGCUUCAGCAGUAUUGCUCUAAGGAAAAAUUAGAUUCAGGUCACUCUCAAGGUUUAAAGGGUUAAGAACAGACUGUUCACUAGCUGGCAUUUUUCAAAAAUUUAACCGAGUUUAAGCUUGAAAUGUAACAAUUUGAACUUUUUCAGUUUCAUCAUUAUAGCUAAACAAGCCUAGAAUCUGUUACAACAGGAUAUGUUGUAAACAUAAGGGUUAUUGAUUUCUAAAGUGAGUAACUUCAACCCUUCCACUCCCACGAUCUUAUUAGUAAUUCUCCUUACUGUCUGGAAUACAAUUCUUGUGAUGCCAGUUUGGAGAAUUUGGUAUUGGAUCAAGUAAUACUUCAUUUACAAUUUUCUUAGUUCUCAUCAUUUGUCUGCAUGAUAUAGUAAAGAUACUGUAAGGAUAAAUAAUGUAUUGGUCACUACUGGAAGUGAAAGGGUUGAAAAGGUAGCUUGAGGGAACCUUACUGUCAAACUUAUAAAACCAUGAACAGUGGAAAUAUUUAAGAAUGUCACUCACCAGAGAGCACAUCUGUGAGGAGCAAUAGUUUGUGGUUCUGAUUUUUCAUCUGGUAAGGAAGUUUUUGAAAUAUUUCCAGAGUUGACAUUUUCUAAAGUUUGACUUAAGAAUUUACACCUUAAACUUGCAGUUUCUGUAUCUAAAUUCCAAAGCAAUCAAUGUGGGAAACAGCUUGUAAUGAUUCUAUUGUCACAAGCUAUGUAUUGGACUUUUUGCAUGUUACUUUUAAGUAGCAUUCACUGUGUUCUCUGCAAUGUUAUCUGGUGAUAUUCAUAGAGACUAUGCAAGAUAUAUAAAGGAUUUUCUAGUUGUAGUGUGCUGAAACUGAUGUUUCAACAAUGCUGAUUUAUUGAUGAGCUGAUUCUAACCCAAGGCAUACAUGGUUAAGAUUUAACUUAAGUUAUUAAAAUGUACUUCAGUGAAGGAUGUUUAAGGUAUUUAUAGGGAAAGAGGAAUCAUAUGUAUUCUAUUAAAGGUCAAUGCAUGUAUACAGCUGAAAAGCAUUGAUGUGGAACAGACAAAAGGAGAAAUUUAAGUCUGGAAAAAAUUAUUAAACUUGAAUUCAAAGAAUUAGGUGUCUGCAUUUUUUAUUUGCUUCAGGGUUGUUUUAAGGGAUGUGAGGUAAAAAUCCUGAAGGUAACAUUUAAUGUAACAUUUAAUUCUCCCUGCGUCUUACAAGGAAAUAUGAGAAAAUUGUUAAGGAGAGGUGAACAAUCUAUCAGUAGUCACUCAGAGCUUUUUUCCAUUCCCCCUAUGAAUUAUAGUUGAAUAAGUUCAGUGUGACUUGUGAGGUUAAUUUUAAAAGAAGAAUGAUAAAAAACUGAAGCAGCUGAAAAAAUGUUGAAGAAGUGCUAAAUAUUUUUAGAAAGUGUUCUGAGUUGUGAGAACCUCUUCUUCAGUGCUGUUUCCAAUGAAAACUGAGGCUUUGUAGAAAGAAGAAUAAUUUGCAUGGACUUUUCUCUUACAUUUUUUCUGGUCAAUUACGUUGCUCCGCUCUCCGCGCGGGAUUAAGAGUUAUAUGUGCCGUUGGGUGGAUUGGAUUGUCCAAAACUCAUUUACCAAAAGGACAACUGAAUAGAAAAUAACACUAUCUUCAGGGACGGGACGAACAAGUGGAAAGUAGUCAUUUUCUUGGCUGCUCUAGGAACUCUGAGGCAUUUUCGGUUAGCUGCGCUUGGCCGCUGCAGUAGUUAAAAGGAGCUUUUAAAUUCAGCAUUGAGUCGAUUUCUACCGUGGGGGUAUAGAAAUAUAUACUUUUUCGAUUUCCGGAAAUUGAGACGUCCAUAUUCACCCAUUCAGUCGAUAUCCCCUGGACUACGGGAAACACUCCAAAACACACCCGACUCCUAUCGGAUUCCCUCUCGGGAACGUUUCAGGAUCCCGUUAGCAUUCUAGUCAAGAUAACACCGGGUUCCGUGCCGUUGUCACACGGGAAUCCCGCUGAAAACCUGUAACUUAACGGGCCAGGAAAGCUGGUCUGUUUCCAUUGAAGACGGGGACUUCGAAGGUUUUAAAAAUUAUAGAAUUAAACAAUCAGCAAAAUAGACAUAAUGAACUUGUCUGAGAGCCACUAUCUAAUUCUCUAUUCUUUAAAUUUUGAUUUUAAAAUGUGGCUUCGGGCCCGAUAAGUUACCGAGACUUUUCGAGGAAUGGGCCCCUGGAUCCUACACCCCUGUGCGUGACGGCUCGGGUAAUUGGGAUAAAUGUGAAUCGCAAGUGCCUCUGGGAAGGUUUCGGCGGGAAGAAUAAGCGGCCGGGCUCCGUUGACAAACCGAUGUUUCUUUCACUGUUUUGUACACACGCUUCUUCUUCGAAAUCUGUUUAAAAUGUACAUUAAACAGGUCGUUAUUGACGGUUUCAAGUCGUAUGCUACACGGACGACCAUCUCUGGGUUCGAUCCUCAGUUUAAUGCGAUCACAGGCCUGAACGGCAGCGGAAAAUCAAACAUACUUGACUCCAUUUGUUUCCUUCUUGGAAUUUCGAACUUAACACAGGUAAAAGUUUACUUUCUUCCAUAUACUUCAGUGGUGGGAGAGUACAAGAAUUAUUGGAAUCUUCGUUUUUAUGCGACAGCAGAGUAGAGCAGAACUGUCUUGACCUUGAUACGUUCAGCGUUGUACGUCGUACUCAAAAUGACAGUGGUUAUACAGCUGUGCAAAUUACGAUUUUGCCAUGGUUCUAAUCUUGGGUUUGUGAUACCUUUUAAAUCAUAUCUUAAAAUCUUACAAGUACUGAUUGCACCCUGAACUAAUCAAGUUCUGACUUGUUCUCAAGUUCUGUGUGUUUAUUUCAAACUAUACUCGAGUUUGUUGAACAAUACUUUAAUUUAUUAUCUUUCGUAAUUUAUUUAGCCAGAAAUCCAUCUCGUUAUCAAUAAAUAAAGCUGGGAAGUGCAGAAAACAAAAUAUUUACAUGUUCUUUUACUCCUUCUGCAUCUCUUUGCAAGGUAUUCUUGAAGGCUGAUUUUCAUAGGUCGGGAAAAUCCUAGCCAGAUUAUCAAGGAUGUCACUGAUUCCUUACCAUCUCAGAGUUCUCUGACCUAUGAAAACGCUAAAUUGAAGACAUUCCCAAUUGUUUGCAAUGAUUGGUGAUCAUAAGAUAAAUAUGAAAACUCCCAUUUUUUCAAGUACCCUGAGUCCAAAAUCAUAUGCUAUCUGUAAUGCACAAUUCUUUUCUAGAAGAGUGGCUGGUAAUUGAGCCUAACAUGUCUCUAAUUCAUAUUGUAGUAGCCCAUUAAGAAAUAUAGUAGUAGCCCAUUAAGCCAAAAAAAUUUGGAUGUAUGACUGUACAAGGUGCUACUUUUAACAUGCGUGGUCAACUGUACCAUGGGCACGCCAAUGCCACGUCUUUGUCCAGUAGUCCAGUGGUUAGUGCGCUGGGCUCCAAGUUGGACGACCUAGGUUUUUUCCUGGCCGGGGUAAGGCAUUAUGCCCUUGAGAUGCAUGGGAAAAAAAAAUGCGAGCUCCGCUUUUAGGCCUGGCUAAAUCUAUAUAUUACUUCUAGGUACGGGCAAGCAGUUUACAAGAACUGGUGUACAAAGGUGGACAGGCAGGGGUAACCAAAGCUACAGUUACAAUCACCUUUGACAAUACAGACAAGAAGCAGAGCCCUUUAGGAUAUGAAUCUUUUGAAGAAAUUACAGUCUCUAGACAGGUGAGGUCAUUCUUGAUGAUGUCUUAGUUUUUAAAAGAGGUUCUACAAACUUUGAACACUGAUGAGAUUCAAACAUUUCAACUAUGUGCUGACCAAUCACAAUAAUGUUCAGGACAUGAUGCAAGCACACACUUGAAAUCUAUAGACUUGAUCUUCGAUCCACAGUUGUUUUGAGAAUCAAGGAUCAAGUUUCAAAGGAGUGUCAACUUACUUUUAAGCAGUCCUCUACUUACAGUUGCUGUUGUGGUUUAGUUUCCUCAUGUCUGAUUUGUUUCUUGAUUAGAACAGAAAUGGAAAAUGAAAAUGUUAUACUUUUCUGUGUUUCCUGGUAAUUAAAUUUGUGAGUCAAAAGCAUUUGUUAUGGUUAAAAUAACUGUAUUAUUACAUUCAAUCAAGGUUGGUUAUUGGAGGCAGGAACAAGUAUCUAAUGAAUGGCUGCAAUGCUAACAACACCAGAGUUCAAGACUUGUUUCGUUCAGUUCAGCUUAAUGUAAACAAUCCUCACUUUCUUAUCAUGCAGGUUAGUAAUGAAGCUGUUCAUUACCAACAGUAAUUUUUCAGUUGACCCUCUACACCUUAACAUCAGUAUGCAUAUUCUCCACACUGUUCACUAUACAUUCCCUGAGGUGCUGACAAAGAGAAAUUUUUAAACAAUCAAUAGUUUCUUUAGUUGGUUAUUGUUUCUUUUAUUCUCAUAAAUUUUCUGUUUGAUUUGGGGAUGCUGUGGUAAGGAGAAAUUAGAUGCUUGUCACUCUUAGGGGUCAAAGGGUUAAGGAAGUUGAAUUUUAUUGGCAUACAAUGAGAUUUACGUAAUUAAUUGAUAUACAUGAAUGAAAUCAGUAUUUAUCAACUUAACAGUGUUAAUGUAGAUGUAUUAGUAACUAUUCCAUUUUUUGCCCGAGGUUCACAGCUUUGUACAAAAGUACCUUUCUAUUGCUGUUAUUUUAAUUAAGUAUUGCUGCUUACCUUCUUGUUUUAGGGCAGAAUAACUAAAGUGCUGAAUAUGAAACCACCUGAAGUAAGUUUACAGUAACAUAGCUAGUUCCUUUACUCUUUAUAACCCACGAUCAGUAUGUGUAUUCUCCAUACUGUUCUCUAUACAUUUCUUUAGGUGCUGAUUUGGAGAAGUUGUUCAACAAUCAAAAACUUCUUGAGUUGGUGAUCAUUUCCUUAAUGUGUAAUUCAAGGGUAACAUUGCAAGGAGACAUUAGAUGCUAGUCACUCUUAUAUAAUAUAGUCUGUUGUGUCAGUCUUCUUCUGUUUCUUUAUCUGGUGGACUGAAGGUCCAUUCAAAUUGCCAAUGUACUUGUACUCACACACCAAAACUUUUAAAUUUGCAUAGCUACAUGUACCAAGAUUUAGCAAGAAAUUUUUCCUACUAGCUGUUGUAGAUUUUCUUAACAAAUUAAAAACAAUUUGGUGUUAUUUCAAUACGAACACCAUCAGUUAAAAUCCUUUCACCUUUAUUUACUAAAGUUGUGAGAGGUUGCGUGUUGAUGCCUUGUGGGAAGAAAAAGCAUGGAAGUGGGAACUUAGGGGAGAAGAAAUGGAAGGCUCGUUCUGUAAUAUCCUAUUUUUCCUCACCAGAUACUGUCUAUGAUAGAGGAAGCUGCUGGAACAAGAAUGUAUGAGAGUAAAAAGCUGUCAGCACAGCGCACCAUUGAGAAAAAAGACAGCAAACUGCAAGAGAUUGAAACUGUAAGAAAAUAAAUUUUAUUAUGAAAAACCAGAUAUAUUAAAUAAAAUGAGAAGGGUAGUUAAUUUUGAGCCUGGUUGUGAGAUAAAGAAAGUUGUCAUUAGUGUGAGAUAAUGAAAAAUAUAAGUCUUCCAUAGGGUAUUGAAUCUCAGAUCUUUGGAUUUCAUUUUCCAAUGCUCUGAGAAAUGUCAAAAGUGUCAUGUGAGUAAAUAUUAAUAGGAAAGAAAGGAAGUAAAUUUGAGUUCAGUUGUUGAGAAAGAUGUUAAAAAUUCAGUUUGUCUUGAGCAGAGGACAGUGUCACAUGUCAACCCAGAGUGUAGUAAUGACCACAUGUAGCUUAGUAGCCUAGUGAGAUUGUGUGCAUGCACAAAUAUUUGAUAGAUUAUAGAUUCUUAUGUGUACAUGUACUGGUGUAACUGUAUAUUUUACUAGAUUCUUGCAGAAGAAAUAACUCCAACCUUGACCAAACUUAAAGAGGUGAGUCUAACAAAGAUUAUUUAUCACUUCCCCUCAACUUUUUUAAGGAUGAAUGCAAAAAAGUAUCAACAUUAAUCCAUCUUUAUACUAUAUGUAAUCUGUUGUGUAGCACAGGUUACAAAUUCUUGGUGUAAGUACAGUGUGCUUUGUAACUGUGAAAACAUAAGUUGUGAUAUCUGCAUUGCCAUUGCUUGUUAGAACAAACUUAUCUUACACAUUUGUCCUUUAAUUUCCAAUUAUUACUUUUAUCAGGAGAGGGCAUCUUAUCUUGAAUAUCAAAAAGUCAUGAGAGAGGUGGAGCAUCUUUCAAGACUCUAUAUAGCUCAUCAAUUUGUGAUGGCAGAGGUAAAAAUUUUAGGGAUUACAUGAACAAUUAAGAGCCCAAGAGUUAGUCAAUAUUAUGGUCAAUAUUAUUACCACUAGUUGGUAAAUGGUAAACCAACAUGCAAUUAAAAGUUAUACUGUAUGUAGUUCUCGAUGGGGUUAAGAUGUUGACCUACUAUCAGGACAUUUACAUGUGGAAAGUUUUUUUCCCAGUCAGACAGGAGUCAGCUGUUUUUUUGGUUAAUUUAUUAACUAUGACUCUCUGUAGUAUAUACAUGUAACCUCCUAUAAGAUUUAAUUUUACAGGAUUAGCACUUUAUGAACAGGUGUUAUGCUCUAUUUAAUUACUUCAUGAAUUUUUGUCUCAGGAUGUGCAGAAAAAGGCUGGAGUUGAACUAGAGAACAUUAAACAAGAGAAUGUCAAACUGAAAAAGAGAUGUGAAGAGGUAAUAGAGUCUGGUUCUUUCUAAGUUCAUUUUGAGACAUGCAUUUAUUUAUACAUUGUUUUGUUUUGUACCUGUCUCUUGCAGAUUGAAGGAAAAGUUAAAGAACUAAGUGCAGUCAUCUCUGAAUUAGAGAAGAAAAAGAUUGCUGUAAGUCUUUUCAAUACUGAUAACAGUCUUCCUCAAUUGAAAUCAUUGAGUUUUGGAUACUGCACUUGAUAACACACCUCUAACCAGUAUGGUGCAGCUAAAAAAUACAUGACAACUGAACAUCUUUAUGACAUUAUGCAAAGCACUUCAUCCUGCAAUUUUUCCUUUCCUCCUUCUUGAAAUGAAGUGUUGCUUGAUGAAAGCCCUCAGUGACUCUUAUGGACAGCUAGCCUCUCAUUUCACAUCAUCUUGUACAUGCAUUUCCUGGUGAAAAAAGUGAAUAUGAAGUUGCAUAAAAAGUCACUUUAAUCCUUAUUCUGCACUAGCCUUUACAUGAUGUAAUUUUACAUACCUUACAUGGCUAAUUAAUCCUUGUCUUGCAUGCUUCCCUUUUGUAUCUCUUUUCUCUCAUUCUCUCCCCAGUGAGUAUUUGUCACAGUAUACAAAUGUUAGUUUGUUAUUUUACAUAAUAUUAUACUUUUAAAUUUUCAAUAUUUUACUUUUCUGUCGUUCAACAGGAGUCUGGAUCAGCCCUGAAAAAACUUGAAAAUAGACUUGAGGAGGUUUCAAAGGUAAUAGAUAUGACUUGUGUGUUGCGUUUGUUCACCCUUAGUUACACCUCACUAAAUUGAAUUAACCAUGCAGAGCUGUGAUAUCAGAUUUUGUAUAUUUUAUGUAUAAAGGACAAUGUACAGCUGUAGGUGCUAACUUGCAAAUGUUCUAACUCAACCUGAUUUGAAAAUGUUUACAGCAUCAUUUGAAGCAAGCAAAGGUUCCAAUGUUUUUUAGCAUCACACUUUUCAGUUUAUCUUUUUGUUGAGUCUUCUUGGUGGUACCUUGAUUUAUUGACUGAAGAAACAAUGAAACACUGGUGAAGUUCCCUAGCUGUCAGCACUUCGAAUUCUUUUUGUGUGUAAUCAUGUAGUAUUUACCAGUAUUUUGGGUAGUUUUAAGUUUUGUCUUCUUUGGCAGGUUGAUGUUAAGACAGAAUCUGAUUUGAAACACAUGAAGGACACUUUGGCAACUGAGAAGAAGAAGAAAAAAGCACUCCUGAAAAGCCUUGAUGAUGUGAGUAGAUAAGCAUUUGCAGCUUGAGAGGUUUCUUCUGCACUUUUUUACAUGAGUGGUUCCUGUUACUGUUAUAGGAAGGGUUUGGUUUAGUAAACAUAUACAUUUCUAAUGGCCUAUUAUCAUGAGAACUUAUACCAGUUUCAUAUACAUGAAGCAACCUGGAGCAAAGCCACUUUUGCUGUAUGAGAUGCCAAUCCUUUUAGGUAACACAUACCCCCAUUCCCCAAUGCACUAGCAAGUUUCCAAAACAAUUUGGUGGUACUCAUUUGUACUCCUUUGCAGAGAAUGGACAGUGUGAGAAUGAUACAUAGUGGUUCUCUUAACUGUUCUUUAUGCAUAUGGUACUGUCCCUAAUGCUUGAUUCAGGGCUGGUAUUGUUGGGAGAAAUUAGAUGCUUACUCUUGGGGAUUAAAGGGUUUAAUAGUGUAUGUGAAAAAAUUAUGGGCUUCUGAUUGGCUGAAAACAAGUGCAAUGUAAGGUAACAUAGGUGCAAAGUUGUUACACAAAAGCAAAUUACAAAUAGUGCAUGUACUCUUUCAAAAUUUUCGUCUGUCCUGACUUUCUGUGAUGUUUUUUCAUAUACAUUAUUAACAAUUAAUAGCAUGAUUUCUCUUGCAAUUUGGUGUAAUAUGCACUUGUAAAUUUUACAAUGACCACAUAUUGCACUCGCCUGUUCUGUUGUCUUUGAAAAAUUUACUUGUGAUUAUUAACACCAAAUUGCACUUGAAGUCAUGCUAUUACCUGUACAAAAUUCCAUAUCAAUUGCUCAGGAUCAAGCUCAAUUAAAGAACAAAGAAAAAGAGCUGAAGAAGCGGAAUGACCUUCUCAUCAAACUGGAAGAAAAGAGUCAAGAAGACAGCAAGGCACUGAAAAUAGCACAGGAUCAUUUCCAUGCAGUGUCAGCAGGGCUAUCCAGCAAUGAAGAUGGCGAAGACAAGACUCUUGCAGACCAGAUCAUGAGUAAGUCCAUGAACUUUUGUUGACUCACAAGGUACAGCACAUUUGUGCUCUUUCAUCAUCUGAGGCUUUCUUAUUUUGUCAUGAACUUUUGGAAAAUUAAUGUAUGUAGUUCCUUACCAUGUUUUAUAGUCAAGCUUCAAACCAAUCCAUUUAUUAAGAUAAUUAUCCAAACAGCACCUUGAUAGUUUUACUUUGACCAUGCUUUUAAACAAGGAAUGUUUGCAAUACUACAUAUGAAUAUGAAACAAACUUAUUACAUGUCAGGAUAGCAUAAUAGUUACUGUAACUUGGAUAUUCUAAUUGAUUUUAACAACAUACUAUCAAUAUUUUUUUAUUAUAUAGCUUUUAAGAGUGAAAUAAGCUCUGCUGAAACUGAAUCUAAGCAAGGCCAGAUGAGGCAAGUAACCUUAGGAAAUAGUUUUCCUGAUGCCUUUACAUCAACUGCUUGCAAUGUAUCUUCUCUAGUAAUCAUAUAUUACAAUUUAUGGCUCAGCAUAUGUGUACUGUACAAUUAAAAGUACAACAAGAGUGAAAGGAUAGCUUGUAAAAAGGUUACAGACCCCAUAGAAAAUAAGUUUAUUGUUAGGGUUAGGGUAUUUUAUUCAGCUGUUAUUCUGUAAGGAAAAAAAGGAAGCUAGUCACACAUAGAUGAUGAAGGAUUAAAAAAGAAGAGAAAUAAGAAUAAGAAAAUUAAGAAGUUGUUAACAGAUCUACGUAUAUUUUACUAAAUACAUACAAUUGACUUUUAUCAGUAGCUCAAUACCUGGUACUUAACAUUUUUGUUUCAGACUCAAACAUGCCCAGACAGAGUUGAAGAAGAAACAAUCUGAGCUGAAGAACACAGAGAAGAGCUAUAAGAAGGACAAGGAUGUUUAUGAUGCAAUUGAAAAGAGUAAAUCCAAACUUGAGGUUUGUCAUUCUCUAACUUUUAAUGGUUUGUGAGAAUCAGGCAAAUUUUCAUUCCCUUGUCUUACCUGAUCACCCAAAUUUUCAGGUCUAGGCUAAUUGCUGUUAAUUUGUAAUGAUUUUUUCCAUAUUUUUAUAAGGUUGCUGAAUUGUUUUUUUUUAGGAUGAAAUGAAGAAAUUGAAGUAUGAAGAGGGAAAAGAGGAAAAAGAGGAAAAACUUAUUGCCAAAAGGUAUAUUAUUUUGUACUUAGAUGCAUUGAAAUUAGCUUCCAAUCCUGUUCCUCUUUCACUUUGUAAAUUCCUUUUUCAGGCGUGAGCUGGAGGCUGAGGUUUCUGCGCUAAGGACCAAAGUGGAAACUCUGGAGGCAAAGUACGUUCCACAUGCUUCUACAAAAAUGUCAAUGCUAUCCACUUGACUUUGACAAAAUAUUGGUUGCAACCUUUGUGUUAUGCAUUGAGAUUUCUUUCAAUGAUUUCAAUUUUAAAAAAAGUUUCAUUAACAUUUAGUUUACAUGUACUACUUCUUGUUUCAGAUUUCCAAACCUUCAGUUUGAUUACAGAGAUCCAGAAACAGGAUUUGAUCGCAAGAAGGUGAGGUGAAAAAUGGGUAUUCUAAUCAGGAAAAUUUAUCAAUUGUUGGGUGUGAUGGGUUUCAAAACAAAAGUAUAGUCACUUGUAAACUUAAGUAUGAAGAGGAUAUAAUUUAUUUGAACUUUGAAAAAGGAAAGGCUAAGGAGAGGCCAGUCUUUUGCAACAGUUUGGUGGCUGGGUUUGUUAUUGCAAAAGAGGAUGAUCCAAAGUAUACUUACAGAGAUUCUGAAAGUGGUGGGAACUUUAGGAUAAGAACUUUUACGUUGUACUGAAGGGCAAAUCAUUCUGGGCUACGAAAUCUGAGGAUGGUGCUGAUGUAUCAGGUUUCUCUACAGAUAUCUCAGAUAUCAACUUUUUUUUUUAUCUUCACAACACAUUUAGGAUCUUGAUGCAUUUUAUGAGUAUGAAUUUGUUAAAAACAGCAAUGUGAUGACGUUGAACAUUUUCUUUUGAUAGGUGAAAGGUCUAGUGGCACAACUGAUUCAAGUCAAAGAUGUCUCUUCUGCUACAGGUCUGGAGGUGACUGCUGGAGGAAAGGUAAGGUUUGUUUUGAAAAAUUACCUAUAACAGUGUUCUACUUUUCAGGCAGUAACUAGUAACAUUCACUGCCUAUAGUAUCUCUUAUUACCGUUUAAAAUUGCUUGGAAUUCUUGAAAAUUCAAAAGGUAAAAGGAUUGCUUUACCGGUUUGAAAAUUUAUUUUACCUGUUAUGCUUAAAAUAAGGCAGAACACUGUAUAAGCAGUAUAACCUAGUUGAAAACAUUAUUAUUUAACCUGAACCUGUAACUGGACAGAAGCUAUUCAGUUUUGAGAAUGUCAGUGAAGUAUCACAGAAAAGGAAUCCUAAAUUUCCUUUCAUUGUUGGAAAUUUGAUGAAAAUAGUAGUAUCUAUGUCAAAUCUGAUGCAUCUUUAAAAAGAAAUUUAAAAAAAUAUAAUUAUUGUUGAUACAUGUACACAAAGGUAAAAAGAGUAUCAUUCUACUGUGUUAAAUAACAAAGUUUUCUCCAGUCUACUUUGUUUGUAUACUCAGUAAGUCAAAAUACAGGCUCCACUUGUUCAGAGGGUGGACACCAUUAGCCACUGGAUAAAUCGCUAUUUGCUGGAUAGCGCAAUUCAUUUGAUAGCAUUAUCCUCCCUUUGAACAAUUUGGCCCAGGUGUGUAUCAAAUGAUACUGUAAUUUGACUCAUGUAUACAAGUGUUUACACACAGUGUAAAUAUACUGUUUUCCACAUGAGCAUAAUGUUUUUUCAUCUUUUAGCUCUAUAAUGUUGUGAUAGACAAUGAAGUGACUGGCAAAAAGUUAAUAAGCAAUGGCAAACUCAAGCGCCGCUACACAUUUAUUCCACUGAAUAAAAUUGCUUCCAGAACUCUUUCAAAUGAUGUUGUGAAAAGAGCAGAAAGCUUGGUGAGUGUAGAUUAAAGAUUAGACUGUUUCUCUUCCAUAAUCAGUCAUCUAUUGCCAUCACUCCUUUUAUUUAGCUCAAUUUGUUCACAACAAACAAACUUAUUUGGUGUUUUAAUGGAGAGUAUGGGUGAUCUGUAGUUUCAUGUACAGUGUAGUUCUCUAAUUUCAUUUUUAUGUUAGAAAAGCUUUGAAAUUUUGUUUAGGCCAAUUAAAAGAUGUUGGAAACAAGAAAAGUGAAAAAUAACCUUUUGAGAAUAAUUAUGAACUACAUGUAAUUUGAUUUGAAGCAUUUUUGUUCUUAAACCUGAGAAGUGUAAUGAUUUUGUGUUUGUAACACGUCUUCAUAAUCAUGUCAGUACAUUAAAUUACACAUUGAUUGUUUCCACAAGGAUGGACAGAUCCUUUUUCUACUGUAAGAAAAUGCUUUAAUUGCUAUUAAUUAAAUCAUCAUUGUUUUAUUUCUGGAUACUGUUAGGUUGGUAAGGACAAUGUCAACCUUGCUUUGUCCCUUGUUGGUUAUGAUGAAGAGGUCAAAGCAGCUAUGGCUUAUGUGUUUGGGACUACUUUUGUAUGCAAUGACAUGGAUAAUGCUAAAAAGGUAUUUUGAAGAUGUUAGUUGCUUAAUAUUUUAAGAAUUACAUUUGAAAAAGCUCCAACUGGGCUGUGUUAGAGCACUGGUUGUUGUUUACUGAAGUUGUCAUCACUAAUUUUGAGAUUGUUUUUAAGAAAAUGUUGUGCUUAAGUGCUUCCAACAAUUCCUGAUAGGUAAGGUGAAAUCCUUUAAUGAGACUGACUGCAUAACUGCAAGAGACGUCUCGAGUUUUUCUCAUGAUGAGUUAAAACAUGGAAAAUUAAACGAUAUUUAGGGUGAACAUUGGACAUUGUAAAAUCUAGUGGUCCUGAGUUCAAGUCCACCGUAAAGACUCAUCAUGUCAAUCGCCAUUUUUUGAAAACUUGGUUUUUCUUUAGUAAAAAGCAUUUCUUUUUAUUUGUUCAAAGUUUAUAAGGAUCUCAGCAGGGCUGAAUAAAGCUGAAGUAACCAAUGACUCAAUUGGUCCAAUUUUGUUCAUUUGCGUCUCCUGUCGCGAUGUUUUGGGAGUUCAACUCCUCGGCAGGGCUCUAAAUGCCAACUGGUCAGUCAUGGGUAAAGCUAUGUUUACUUCAGUCACUAUUGGAUGGCGAUGGAGAAGAGUAUUGCGAAUAAGUAUACUGAUGUUAGGUUUUAAAGGUUUAAGACAGGCAUUGUGAUAGUAAAGUGUCUUGCUCAGGAGAACAACAUGAGUGGCUUAAACUAAGGACUUAAAAGAAAAUAUUAAAAUUAAUGGUGUAAUGUGUCACCAUGCUAACUGCAGGUCACCUAUGAUCCCAAAGUGCAAGCAAGGUCAGUGACCUUAGGUGGAGACUUAUUUGAUCCUCAAGGAACAGCCACGGGAGGUACAGUAUGUGCAAUUGAAGUGUCACACAUUCAUGCAAGACACCUGUAACAUGUGAAUUGGAGUACAUGUUUUAUCAGUUUGGAAAGGGUAGCGAGAUAAACGCCCUCGGAAAUACGCCCAACCUAAACUGCCCAUUUCCCCCUUUUGCUUGUCUUUCUUUCUGUUUUUAUUUCUUUGUUUUGUUUCAUGACUGGUAUCAUAGCCACAUCAUGUUCCAUGCAUUUCAGGUGCACGGGCAUCGCAUUCCUCAAUCCUGGUCAAGCUGCAGGAAUUGAAUGAGGCACAAGCGACUCUACAAGGCAAAAGUACAGAGCUACAAAAUGUUGUCCAGGAGCUGGACGCCUAUAAGAAAAUGGCAGAAAAGUAAGCAACUCUUACCUUUGACAACCAUUUUAUAUGUUCAUGAAGAAUUAAGGCAGGUUUAAAGACAACUUUGCCUCGUAUUUUGCCCCUCAGAUAUCGCCAGAUAAAACAGCAGUAUGAUUUGAAAGUUCAUGAAGCUGAACUUGUCCAGGCUCGCCUGAAGCAAAGUACUCAUCAUCAUCAACUGGAGGAGGUUGAAGCUUUGCAGAAAACAGUUGGUAGGUUACCUGCUUGUUCGAUUUGAAAUUCCUUGGACACAAACGCUCCUGAGAUCGUAAAUGCAGUAACGUUUCUAUGACCUGUGUACUGUAUGUGUAUUGUGGAUAGCCUCGAUAGUCAAUUGAUGGUCGCUCGAAAGUCGAUCGUUGAGACUCGAUCAACAAUCGGUCGAUAGUCGAAAAGAACAAGGUUUUAAAAAUGGUAAAAUUUUGAGAACAAUGCAUUCAACUGCGAACAUUCCAUGCAACUGCAACCUUGGCCAAACUCAAAAUGUAUUUCACCUGAUUGAUGUUGUGCUUAAUUCAUACACUUUUCAGACGAACAGCAAGAAUUGAUAUCAAAGGCGAAAGAAACAAUAGCAGUGGCAACUGAGAAGUGCAAAGAUGUUGAAAAGAAGAUGAAGGUUUGACUUAGUUCUUGUAAUAAUGUAUUACUCUUUGGAAACGCACUUACUGGAUGAACUUUAACCCUCUACACACUUACAUCAGUAUGCAUAUUCUCCAUACUGUUCUCUAAACAUUUCCUAAGAUGCUGACAAGGAGAAUUUGUCUAACAAUCAACAGCUUCUUUAGUUGGUGAUCAGCUCCUUUAUUCUCCUGACCUUAAUAUUUGAUUCAGGGUUAAAGGGUUAAGAUAAGAGAGGUAACUUUCUUUAUAAUAAAGUUAUGAUAUAACGCGCGCUGUCAUUGGUUGAAAGAGCGUGCUCUAUGAAAGUAUAGAGCAUAGAACUGAGCUAAAGCUGUCACGCCAUCUGCCAAAUUGUACUAUGUUCGACCUUUUCCGGGACUUCUUUUUAGCUUUUUUCCGAUAAUUGAAAGUGAAAUUUCGGAACAAGCGAGCCGGCAAAUAGCAACAGAAGAACCAAACAAAGGUUUGUAAACACACCAGGCGCCGUAAUUUUACGUCAUUAAAACGUGAGCAGAUAUGAAAAUCCUCAAAGGAAAAACAGUUCAUGUUCACAUUCUGCGAUAGUUUACAAAACUAUCGCAGAAUAAAGCACGCAGGAAGCGGCUAGAACACGAAAGAAGUGUAGGGAGAAACACUCGACUACGUCUCGUGUUUCUCCCCACUUCUUGAGCAACACAGAAAGAAAAACAGGAGUGGAAAAAUAAGAGCUUGCUCUGAUUACCUUUCCGAUGUGUUGAGUGGAAGGCCACAUCAGUCACUGCAGCCGAGUUUUACGGCGCUGUCAUUCCGAGCGAUCUUCAUGCCCCAGUGAAUUCGGCUGUUGUUCAUUCAUAAUACACUCGCCUUGAACAGUUUGUUUUCUACUUGUCUUGUGAAAUAACUUGCGUAUUUUAGUGAGCCACGAUUGGGCCGAAUUUCACUGAACAUUUCACUUUCAGAUUCUGUAUUAGAAACCAAAAAACUUCAAGCGAAAGUGUUAAAUUUUCGACAUGCCGAACUAUUUAGUUUGUAAGAAUAUGAAUAUGAAUUUGAACUUUGAUGGUUUGACAUAUUUGACAGCUUUAGUCUUGUACAGCCAACCAGAUUAUUUGACCCAUUCUAACAGGGAUUCUGAUUGGCUUAUUGUAGCGUGCUUUAUGAGAGUAUAGAGCAUGUUGACGACACUGUUGUUCGCUUUGGAAAUAAAGUUUGUUUUGAAAAUUGAAUGUAAUUCUUGGGGAAUUUAACGGAUUCUUUAUUAUAAAACAAAUAGAAACUGUGGUGCUGCGUUGGUGGGGGUAUUAAAAGAUAAACUGGUUUUAUCAUCUGAGUUGAAAAUGUAAAUUUGCCAACUUAAAGAAUAUCUAAAGCUUAUGAUAGUCAGUUCAUGCUGAAAGCCACAUUUGACUUGAUUUCAGGAAGCAAAAUCUCAUCGUGAAAAAGAACUCAAGACAGCUGAGGAAGAGGUGAAAAAGAGUAAGAAAAAAGCUGAGGAGUCAACAAAGAAUAUGAAAGCAAAGCAACAGGUAACUUUCGUAGCUCCCUUUAACUGAUCUGCUAUACAUUGAUUGAAACAUACUCAACUUACUGCUGAUAUUCUGUAGGAAGUCGAGGAGAUGAAGUUAGAAAUGGAAGAGCUGAAAAAUGAAGGGGCUAAAGUCGAUGAGCAAGUAAGUACAGUAGUGUUCAGGAAGGCUUAAUUAUUUUCCCUUAAAGUCUCUUGCUUAACCCUUUACUUCUAACAUCGAUAUGUAUAUUCUCUUUACACUGCCCCAUGGCACUGACAAAGAGAAUUUGUUUUACAGUCCAGAGAUUCUUAAGUUGCCAAUCAUUUCCUCUACUCUCAUGACCUAAGUUUUUGAUUUAACAGUGAUACUGUGAGGAGAAAUUCCAUGCUAGUCAUUCUCGGGACUUAGAGUUAACGUUUUGUUACGUGUCCAAGAGAAUUAGAGUCUAGGGUGUUAAGUUUUGGGUAAUAAUCUUUUUUUAACACAGGUCAAAGCAGUCGAUGAAGCAAUUUCAAAAGCUGAGGAGCAAAUUGAAAAAAUUUCUGAGAGGGCGAAGGAAACAAAGGUGCCUUUGAGUUUGUACUUCAUGUUAACUUUGAAAGGUUGUUUUAGUAGGACCUGAUGAAUAAGCUUUGCUUUUUCUUUCUCUUUUCGGGUGUGCGCCGAAAAAGGACUAUUGCAGUAUAGGGGAACAAUUCUACCCUUUUUCAACCGGCGAGGAGCAAAAAUUAAUAUACAUAUAAAAAGGCGUGACUUACUAAUUUUCACGUGUGUGGAUCGAACUACGCGAUUUCCCGUUAUUAGCGUCUGCGCAGUUUUUGUAGAUCUUUUACUUGUUCUUUGCUGUGGCCACUUCUGAUUUCUUGGAUUUUGUAUUAUUACCUUUACUAGGAAACUGCUCAAUCGAUGUAUCAUAAUAUUGUCUUAUCUCGUCUUUCCAUAUUAGAAAGCAGUCGAAGAGGCCGCUAAAGAGCUAGAUAAACAGAAGGAAGCCCUCAGAUCGUGUAAUGAGGUACACUGCUUACGCUCCCCUUAACUUCUUGGUCUUGUACCCCUUUAACACUAGCAAAACACAUUUUGUUAAUACGGGGUUUAACUGAAAAAAAAUCAGAAAGAGAGAACUGAAUCAUCCGUGGGUUUCAAGUAGUCACUAACUUUUAUUUUCAAUGUGCUAAAUUUGAAGGCGACAAACAUUGGCUUAAGCAGCUUCUUUGAAGACGACAACUUUCAACCGUGUUUAACAAAACAGCUUGAGGCAUUAGUUUAACAAUUUCCUAAAUGUGUCAAAUGCAACCUGAACCAUGUUCCUCGUUUCAGUCUUUAUUUCAUAAUAUGUCGAUGAACUAAGUACAUAUCAAUGGCCUGGCAGGAACUUCACGCACGUUUUGACGCGAAAUUGUGCGUGUUUUGACGUGAAAAUGUGCAUCUCCGUUUCUUUAAAACCGAAACUCAGCUUCUUGGGUAAAAAUGUAAACCAUAAUUUGACCUUGCACUGUGCCUAAUGUUCUUGUUUUUGAUGUUACAGGCCAUUGAAGAGAAAGUGCAGGAACAGCAAGGCCUACAGAAACAAGGUCAGGAUAUUCAGCUGGAGCUUAAGGAGAUGGAUUAUAAAGUGAACAAAUUUCAACGCGAUAGUAAAGAAGCUGCGUCAAAGGUAAUAUUGUUGUGUCUAAAUAGUAAGCGCAUCAUGUUUACCGUGCAUGGAUGAAAGUUUCUCAAUAUAAAUAUAACAUCUACAAAAUUCAUUUUUUACCUCAUCAGGUGGAACAAAUGUUGCAAAAAUACGACUGGAUCGCCAGUGAGAGGAAUUUUUUCGGUCAACCGAACAGUGCUUUCGAUUUUGCCGCUAACGACAUGAAGGAUGUCUCUAGACGGCUCAGUAAACUGCAAGAAACGAAAGACAAACUGGGAAAGAACGUGAACAUGCGAGCCAUGAAUAUGCUUGGAAAAGCUGAAGAGAAGGUAGUGAUACUGCAGGGAAACAUUUGAAUGCCAAUUACUCUUAGAGGUGUAAAAGGUUAAUAACUGGAUAUUGCCAUGGUUGUUUUUGUCGUUUUUAAUGCAAAAUUCAUUACCAUUUUCUUAUGUUUUAUCUAAUUAAUUUGUUUAAGUUAUUUCUAAUAUAAUGUUUUACUCCUGAACAGUACAAUGAUUUAAUAAAAAAGAAGCGAAUUGUCCUGAACGACAAAGAUAAGAUUGCAUUAGUCAUCAAAGAACUUGAUGAGAAGAAGAACGAAGCCCUAAGGAACGCUUGGAAGAAAGUGAACAAGGCAAGGUGUUCUACGAUGUUGUCUUUCCUUCGAAAUAAGUAAUCUAAAUAAAUUUCAUAUUUCCUCAAAACUAUCUACAUUUCCGGAUAAUUUGGUUUUAUCAACUUAGUUGACGAUGUAAAUUAGGCCACCGUAUCGUAGCCCAUCGUCAUUCGCUCUGACGAAGGGCUAAGCCUCGAGACUUCAACUUUAGAACAGCUUUAAGGUGGUCAAUACACAUUAUCAACUCAUUUGACGUAACCAAAGCAUCUUGUAAUAGCCCCCACGGACGCAGCAACACAGUUGCCAUAGAAACUAACAGUCUAUAUCUAUAUUUCCGCAUUGACAUUUUCUAAUCAAUUAGCCUUUUAUUCUUUUUUCGUUUUAGGAUUUUGGCUCGAUAUUUUCUACUCUUCUUCCUGGAACCACAGCAAAGCUGGCUCCUCCAGAAGGACAAACGGAACUCGAUGGGCUGGAGGUGAAAGUGGCUUUCGGAAACGUUUGGAAGGAAAGUCUCAGUGAACUAAGUGGUGGACAAAGGUUGGUUUAUUGUGCUGUAAACUGAUGGAAAUACUAUAAGCAAUCCCUCUGUUUUUGUGUUUUGUUUUAUUCACUCGUGUGUUAUUUCCUUUCGCAGGUCUUUAGUCGCGCUAUCACUCAUCCUAUCCAUGUUGCUCUUCAAACCUGCUCCUCUGUACAUCCUUGAUGAAGUAGAUGCCGCCCUGGAUCUGUCUCACACACAAAACAUCGGCCAAAUGCUCAGAGCCCACUUUAAGCAUUCCCAGUUCAUUGUAGUGUCUUUAAAAGAUGGCAUGUUUAACAAUGCCAAUGUCCUCUUUAAAACGAAGUUUGUGGAUGGCGUGUCCACGGUCACGCGGUACGCUCAGUCCCAGCCCUCUCGGGAUGGUCGGGAUGAAGAUGGAAGUGGAGCAUUGGGAAGGGCAGGGAAGAGCACUGCUAAGAAAAACCCUAGCAAGAGGUUGAGAACUGACACUCCUGCCCAACCUCUUUUGCCAUCGCAGGGUUAAACCUCUGGAAAUGUGAAUAGCUAAGGUUUUGUGGUGUCGUUUGCAGAAAUAUAAAGCGUACUAUCAUGUUACUUUGCAUCAUAUUGAAAGUGUAGAGCAUUAACCUUCAUUGCAUCACACUGUUUAUCCUUAUAUAUCAGUACAUUAACCCUCUGGUAAACAACAUCCCUCUCCACAAUUCGUUCUCAUAGACGUAAACAUCUAUUUUAUUAACAAAAGCAUAUUUGGGAACUUCUAGAUGGGAAUUUGAGUUGAUAAGUUUACUGUGCUCUCUCGUCACAGUAAUGUAUGACUGUAUGACUAUGUUGCGUAUACAUUUCUCUACUUCAUCAUGUAACGGUCAAAGUGAAGGUUGUCAGAUUUCCUUAUUCUGUCAAGUAACUCUUGUGUAAAUACCAGGGUACCCGGCUUGAAAUAGUGUUCCACUAACCCUAAACACCCUAUCAUCAGAAUGUGUAUCCCUCAUUCUGUUCUGUAUUUAUUUCUUAUG